AAGUCAAAGAUUUAAUUAUUGAGUGGAUAGAAAAAAUUCCAGGCUUUGAGAGGGGAAUGGUAAACAAGUGGAGUAGUCCGUACACCUUAAAAUUCGAAGAUCAAAAUUCUGUGAAGCCUUUCCUGAUCGCUGCUUUGAAGGGAAAGAUAUUGAGCUUACAGAAGAAGAAAUAUUCAACAUAACUUUUGAGUUCAUGCUAAAAGGCCAAAAGUCAGUGUUAGGUCACCAAAUCGAGGAUAUGCUUAUUGGCUGCGAGUUUUCUGGAAAACCCGAACUUCACACCGAAAGCUGCUUAAAAUAUUUCGUUCCCUUGUAUGAUCCUCAUUUGGGAAACUGUUUUACGUUUGCUUCUGGAAAUGGAGAAAGACAGAAGCUGUUGGUCACAGAGCCAGAUGCCUGGCAAGAUGUUAAAGAUAUGGAUUUGGUGCUGAAUGUCGAGCACGACGAAUACUUGAGCCCGGGUAAAACAACUCCUGGGCUCAUCAUUUCGGUGCAUGAAGAUAUGUCUUACCCACACAUAUUUGCUCAUGGAAUGCACGUCUAUGCCGAUCAUUCCUACAAUUUAGCAGUCACAAAGAAUAGUGUUUAUUUACUGCCGAAGCCGUACAUGACGAAUUGCACAAAUUAUGAUGAUCUACCAUUUCAUUCACUGUCAAGUAUGGAACUAACCCCAAGGAUAUGCACGGUUGAAUGCUUACUGUAUCUGCAGCGGACGGGGUGUGACCAUCAUUAUGUGACAGACAACGUAGUUCUUUUUUCCCAGGACAUACCAUACGACUAUCACCAAAUUACAGAAGAAGACAAACAAUGUGCGAUGUCUUUAUCGAAAAAUUACAAAGAAUACUGCACUUCACUCUGCAGUGUACCCUGCCACGACACUCACUACUCUAUAAACAUAGAUUCUUCACCAACAUCGGAACACAAAAUAGUGGUAAAUGAGAAGGAUCUCGAAAAUUACAAAAAGAAAAGAGGUGAAGAAAAAGGGAUUUUUGUGGCAGACGUACGGAUUCAUUAUCAGACAAUGGAGCACCGUAUAUACAGACAUUCCCCUGAAUUCAAUACUGAAACCCUCUUCAGCUAUCUGGGAGGCAUCACAGGCGGCUGGCUCGGCAUAUCACUUCUGGAGUUCUGUGCCUUCAUCGAAGGCCUCUGCACAGUCCUAAUCUUCACACUGAGACCUUGCAAACCCAAGAAACGAGACAAAAAGCGAAGGAAGGCAAAAUCCCCCGUGAAAUCGUUCAGCAAACACAAGUGCAGUUGCGGCCGUGCCAUCAACAGCGAUAUCAUGUUUGGGUUUCCCAUUGCUCGCUCGGGACGCAUUGUCCAGGUUGUACCGUAUGGCUAUUAUUGAUGAGUGAGGCCCAAAACUGGCCGUGGUCACGACUUAAUGAAAAAAAAAAUGGUGAUUAAAACGUAUGUCAAUCGCCAUCCGAUCGCCACCUCGAUAAAAUAAGCCGAUGAUA